CUGUACACAUGGGUUGAAUGAACCACACAAUGAACGAACGCAUGAAGACGGACACCACUCCACUCACACACACAGAUGGUCUCACACAUGCGCACACAGACACAGACACAUUGAAUGUGUACCAUGGGGCCAUCCAGCCAUCCAGCCAGCGCACAGAUAUUGACAUCAUCUACACAAGAGCCGCCCUCCUGCUGCAGCCAGCAGCCACUAUGUGUGUGUGAUCUGAACCACACAGACAACCAAACACAGCCGUGAGCAGCAGCAGAGAGGCGGUGGUCUGCGAGUCGCCUUGCGUACCUAGCUCUAUGUGAGAUGGUUGCUGCUGCUGUCCUCCUCGUCCAUCUCAUCGACACUCCUGCCAGCCAGCCAGACAGACAGACAGCCAUGUGUGUACUCAUGCAGAGAGCCCCCAUCCACCCCUCCCCUCCCCUCCCCCCUCAACUCACUGGUCGUCCUCCACGUGCUGUUGCUGCUGCUCGUCGUCAUCGUCGUCGAUCAUAUCGCCAUCCUCCUCCUCUCCCGAGUCGCCGUCCAUGCCAUCCUCGGCCACGGAACCCUUCACACGUACCCAACACAUUGAGGAGUGGAAAUGGGUGACAUGGCAUGUGUGCGCGCGUGUGCCUCCUUCCACCUCAUCUGGAUCCUCGCCGUCCCCGCCGUCCUCAACACCGUCCUGCACACACACACAACAGUGAAUCGUCACAUGCAUGUGACUGUGUGUCCCUCCCUCACUGACCUCGUCUAGGUCGUCGUCGCUCGAGCUAUCAUCAUCAUCAUCCAAUGGCUCCUCACCCCACAGCGCACCGGGGGGCCCCCUCCCACCCAUGGCCUCCCACCAUUCUAUCGUCUGCACCACACACUGGCCUCCCCCCGCCCCUUGCACCACCACACGGCCAUCGAACGAGCUCUCGAAUGGCUUGCUCUUGCCGAAUCCCCUGUCGAUGUCAGGCAGCUCAUAGCGCUGCGCCUCCUCACAUCGAAUCAGGUGGAUGACCUCACGGAGGCCAUAGACUAUGCCCUCGUCUACCUGCCCGCCCUCUCCCCCUCCCUGGCUGUCUGACGUGUCGGUGUGUGUGAUGUGUGGCGUGACGAACGCAGUGCGCUGAAACAAACGGCGCCGCACAGAGGGGCUGGCCACAUUGCAGACACGCGAGAUGAAGAAAGACAGUGCCGCAUUGAGCCGCCGCCCGAGUGGCGUGCGAUCAGAGAAGGGCAGAGAUGGGGGCUCUAUGUACGAGGCAAUCUGACAGCACAACACACCCACACCGAACACAGAGUGGGAAGCCGACAGGGCAGACAGAGUGCGCAGGCGGGCGAGGGACGUGUUGAUGAAGCGCAUGGCGUGAGUGGUAACAGAGCGACUCAGAUAGUCGUGGUACACCGACAAAAUGCGGUGCUUAUCUCUGGCUGUGGGGCGAAAGUGGGUGAGUGCUAUGUCUACCGAUGCCCCCAGUUGGAUGAGAUGCUGCGCAGCAGUGUGGUGAUCUUCCCACACAAAGGCGAGAAGGGGCGGCUGCCACCCCCCAUCGUCAUCUACGUCAGCUCCUGCCUCAUGCACCAGGAACGACAUGACAUCAACAUCCCGGGCAGCAAAACAGAGUGCGUCACUAUCAGCCCUCACUCCCUGCUGCCUCACCAGCCAGUACAUAAUGGCCCUGUUCUGACUGUCGACGGCUUCAUUCAACGCCCUACUGCCCCUGUCCCCCUCCACCACCUCCCGUCCCAUCCCCUCUACUAGUUUCUCGAGAAUGGCGAUGUGGGCGUCCGUCUGGCCAUCGUGCGCCGCAUCCCCCUGCUGGUGCCGCUGCUGCUCAUCCGGCUGCUCUUCUUUGUCCACUCGGAAGCGGCACUUACACGCCUCGUAGAGAGUCGAGUAUCCGUAGAGGCUGGGUGGUGAGGGUGCUGCUGCUGCGGCAGUGGUCAGCCGAGUGACGAUCUCCAGGCACUCCGUGGCCGAGACCUCUUCCAUGGCGGAACUGGCGAAGAGCGACCGCAGCGAACCACCAUAGUAGCACCUGGCGGCGUGCCUCAGGAGGGUCCCGAUCAUGGGCAGGAGGGCCGACAGCAGACGGGGGUCGGCACAACCCAGGCGGUCUAGCACCAAGUCCAGUGGUGUCUUGCCGGUACAAAAUGGGGCGUACACAGAGGUGUCAUAGUUCACCUCCGCUCCAGCGUCGAGGAGACAGUCCAGCAUCGCGGCACCAUCCUCUCCGACGCACGUCUCAGCAGCCAGAUGCAGCAGGGACAGCGGGGAAAUGUAGCCGUCACAGGGGUUCUUGCGAUACCGCCCGUUGGGGUCGGCCGUCUCUUGCGUCAGCAGCUGGGCUGCUGCGUCAGGUGAGAGGGAACCAUAGUGGAGGCCGAAGGCCAACUCUUUGGUGGCCGAGAGGGCAAAGGCGGGCGCUCCGCCGCGUGAGAGGGUCACGGGGAACGGCUCUCUAAGGUGCUGCUGGUGCGGCAUCGUCAGAUCUUACGGGCGGGAUGGGCGAG